AUCGCCGCUCCCGCAGCUCCGCGGCCGCUCGGGGCCGAGAGGGGCCGCGGCUUCCCGGGCGCGGGGAAGGGACCUGGGCUGGGCCAAAGCGGCGGCGGGCGGCGGUGCCGGGUCACGGCGGCGCCAUGGGGAAGCGGGAUAACCGUGUGGCUUAUAUGAAUCCCAUAGCUAUGGCCAGGGCACGAGGUCCUGCCCCAAAUUCAGGACCAACAAUACAAGACUACUUGAACAGGCCAAGACCAACAUGGGAAGAAGUGAAAGAGCAACUAGAAAAGAAAAAGAAAGGAUCCAGGGCUUUGGCUGAGUUUGAAGAAAAGAUGAAUGAGAAUUGGAGGAAAGAACUGGAAAAACACAGGGAGAAAUUACUGGGUGGAAAUGAGAGUUCCUCAAAAAAAAAAGAGAAAAAGAAAAAGGAAAAGAAGAAAUCUAAUAGGUUGUCUUCAUCUUCCUCUUCUUCAUCAAGCUCUGAUUCUUCCAGCAGUUCAUCUGAUUCAGAAGAUGAGGAUAAAAAGCAAGGGAAGAAAAGAAGGAAAAAGAAGUAUCGCUCCUCACGGAAAUCUUCAGCAAGCACAUCUUCAGAAUCUGAGUCAGACAGCAAGGAUAGCACAAAAAAGAAGAGGUCAAAGGAAGACUGUGACAAAGAAAAGGAAGGUAAAAAUCACCACAGGAAAAGGAAGAAGGCAGAUCGUGGUGAUGGACCUUUAUCAUCAGAAUCUGUAUCUGAAUCAGAUCAGAUAGAGGAGGUGCAAGCAAAAAAGAAGAAAAGCAAUGAGGAAAAAGAGAAAACAGAUAAAACAAAAAAGAGAAAGAAGCACAAGAAACAUGGUAAAAAGAAGAAAAAGAAGACUGCUGGUUCAAAUUCAGAUUCAGAAUAAUAUUUUAAAACAAUCUGAGACUAUCAACAGAAGUGCAAUGACUAAAGGAAACUUAAACUGUGAAAUGACAGCAAACUUUACCAAACUGCAUGAGUUUUCCUGUGUUUUAGAAAUACUCCUAAUCUUUCAGUAGCCAGCCAGAUGCAGC